AUGAAGAUGCCGCGUAGGCCUAUCAACUUCGUCCCCGCAAAAGAAGGAGAGAUACUAAAGCUGGGACACAUCACAUGUCGAAUCAUGGAAGACGGCUCAAGAACGGGUACGCCUCCACAACUCCCCUCACACUACAUCCAACUAACACAAAAUCCAGACAAUAGAAUCGGCAGCGCCGAAUUCACCCUACCUCCCAAUACCGCCGGCCCACCCGCCCACUGGCACGAAAUGCACGACGAGACCUUUCUCGUCACGCAAGGCGUCGUUCGCUUCCACGCGCCCGACGGUGCCUACCACGACGCACACGUGGGCGACUACAUCACCGUGCCGAUCCGGGCACCACACACCUUUUCGAACCCGACAGAUCAGGAGGCGAAGUUCUUUAAUACGUUUACGCCGGCAUUUUAUAUUGAUUAUUUUAAGAUCCUGGCGGAAGUUAGCAGGAGCGAUGAGAAGAUGAGUAAGGAGAAGAAUUUGGAGGUUAUGGCGAGGUUUGCGACGAUGCCGGCGAAUGAGAUGCUGAAGGAGAUGAAUGGGGGGCAGAAGUAG